UAUCGACAGAUGGCGACACGCGUUGGACUCGUCAGCUGAUCGCGUGCAGUUGCACCGGAUAAGUUUUCUGCUGUUCGCAGAAAGGACGCUUGACUGAAGGAUUACUUUUAAUACUUCGAGCAUUGAAUAACUGUGUCACACGAGGAUAUUUCGGGAUGGAGCCGCAGGAUAUUUAUUACAACAAAGCCGAAUACGUUGAAACGGCCUCCGGAAAUAAAGUGAGCAGACUAACCGUGUUGUGCGGCUCGCAAAACAUUGUACUGCACGGAAAGGUAAUAGUGCAAUCUGACGCGAUCAUUAGAGGCGAUUUGGCCAACGUCAGGACCGGUCGCUAUUGUAUCAUCAGCAAAAAUGCCGUCAUUCGGCCACCUUUCAAGAAGUUCAGCAGAGGGGUUGCCUUUUUUCCUCUGACAAUGGGGAAUCACGUGUUUGUGGGAGAGCGGGCAGUUGUGAAUGCAGCGUUGGUUGGUUCUUACGUUUACAUUGGGAAGAAUGCAAUAAUCGGCAGGCGAUCCGUUUUGAAAGACUGCUGCUACAUCGAGGACGGCGCAGUCGUGCCACCCGAGACUAUCGUGCCGUCCUUCACUCGAUUUGCCGGCAGCCCGGCGACGUGUGUCGAAGAGCUACCCGAGUGCACGCUGGAUCUCAUGGUAGACUUUACGAAGAAUUAUUACGAGCACUUCUUACCGGCGCGCGUGUAAUGCUCGAUAUGUAUUUGUUCAUUUGUACACGUCAAUGGUUUAUAGUCAAAAGGUCUAUUGUCAACUGCAUUACACAAUAUUUGUGCUCUGUACUCAAGUUGAAAUGAAUUAUAAUGAAGUAUUAUCCAUGCGCGACAGAAAGCAAUCGUCGGGAAAUAAGGGAGCUGCAACUGAAUACAACCGAAAAGAAUACAUCUAAGAUCAGCAUGGAUUUUUUAGAAUCAAUGUAUAUACGCUCAGUCCAAAAAAAAGCGGUACACCUAAAAUUUGUCAAAAAAUCAUCAAAUUUCGAAUGACGAUAACUACGCAAGUAAUAAUGGCAGAAAGGUUUCUCAAGAAAGAAAUUGAAGCUCGAAAUCUCUACUACAUGCGAAAUUGAAAAAUUGUCACCCGAGUUUGCGACGAUCCAUGGCGAGAGGCAAGUGUUGCAACUUAAUGGGAUAAAAAGCAUGCGAUAGUGCAGUCUCCCCUUCAAAAUGCCUUUUUUUACUCGUUUCGAUACGAUGAUGUUUCGCUGAGAUAUGUGCAUUUAAAGUAAAAACCGGCCUUUUUAUUCAAAAUUCAUAAGGCUCUAAUGUGGAAACACAAAUACGA